AAUGAGCGGGCGACCUUUGUACUUCGUUUCUGACAAUUUUCUUUUGUUUUUAAGUUAAAGUAUAAUAUUGAGCAUAAAAUUUGCCAAUUUAACCUGCUACAGCAUUUAAUUUUAGUUGAUGGUAUAUUUUUCUCAGUGAUAGUGUGUUUGAAAUAUUCAUAUAUCUAUAAGGGCCGCGCUUUAACUCGCCAUUCCUAGGGUCAACUAAGAUCUGUUUCCCUUUCGUCUUUGAUUUAAAAUUUGAAAAAGUCAAAUGACGAGUUUUAAUGCUCCAGGACUAUGCUCAUGAGCUAGAUUUUAUUCAAAUUUCCCAGUUUUAAAAUUUCAAUUUCAUUGUCAUGGCCCAACAACACAAUAUAACGACGCUUUAUAUCCAAGACCCUAAUGGAGGACAACCGCAAAUGUUCAAAGUGGUUGGAACCAAAGCCAAUAUUAUUACCAACAAUAAUGUGAACAACAACACUACUGGUCAGCAACAGCAGACCAUUCUGAGGACUAUCACCUCAUCUGCUCAGGCUCAGGGUGGGAGUGGCACAGUAAACUUGGGAGCUAGCUUCUCUCCAGGCACCAUCCUGCAUGCGAGCAAGUUAUCCAAUGGGCAGAUAGUGACAGUACCAGCCAGAGCUGCUUCCACGGUCAUGCGCCCUGUGAUGGUGCCCGCAAGUAGCCUGCAGCAGCUCAAGGCUGGCAGCAUCACUCUGCAGGCUCAAGGCACCGGCAACAAUAAAACCUUCACGCCAAUCUCGCGUCCUGUUGUCAUCCGAACACAAACUGGUAACAUCAACACCGCUGGUGGCGCUGCUGGUGGUGGUGGUGGUGGCCAGCUGUCAAAGAUAACCGUGACGCCGUCCUCUCCUGCAGUGCAGAGUGUGCAGCAAGUGCAGACUAACGUGCAGCAGCUGUCGUCAAAUGUGCAGCUCAAAAUGAAACUGCAGCAGCAGCAGCUAGCUGCGGUGCAGCAACGGCAGCAAUACCAGUUUCAGGCUCGGCAACGUCGACAGCAGCAGCAACAGCAACAACAGUCCCAGCUCCCAGAUUCCGAAGUCGCCCAAGAUACGAAAGUUACAAUUCAACCAAAGAUCCAAUCUGUGUCCACCCUCAACCACGUACGUUUUCUAUCUCAACCCCAGCAACAGAAACAACAGUCAGAGGCUGUUGUAAUUAACAAAACCCAGCAAGCAGAACAAGAACAACAGCCACAAAAUCCAACAGCCUCGCCGGGCAAGCUUUACCUCAACACUCCAAUUCUCGACCACUCGUCGGCACGCAAGAGACAAGACUUUGAUUUUGACUACAGUGUUGAGAGCAAGCGCCGCAAGACUGAGAAGGGUGGCAAGGGACUGCGCCACUUCUCCAUGAAGGUCUGCGAGAAAGUCAAGGCUAAGGGUCGGACUUCAUACAACGAGGUUGCUGAUGAGCUGGUGGCAGAGUUCUGUGACCCACGGCGCUGCGCCCUUCCUGGCGACUCUAAUGACGAUCAGAAGAACAUCCGCCGACGCGUGUAUGACGCGCUCAACGUGCUCAUGGCGAUGGACAUCAUCAGUAAGGAGAAGAAGGAGAUCCACUGGCUGGGGCUACCCACCAACACCGCACAAGAGUGCAGGAAGCUGCAGGAGGAGUGCAGCAAGAGGACCAGAAGGAUACAACACAAGACCCAGCAACUACAUGAUCUUAUAUUGCAGCAAAUUGCCUUCAAGCGCCUCGUGAAGCGCAACCGCGAGAAGGAAAUCGAGCGCGGAGGGUCACCGCCCCCCAACACCUCCAUCCCGCUCCCCUUUGUGGUGGUCACCACCGCCAACACCACCACCAUCGACUGCAGUAUUGCUAAUGACAAGACGGAGUAUUUAUUCAGUUUUGACGGCACAUUUGAGGUCCACGACGACAUUGAAGUUCUCAAGAGGAUGGGCCUCGCGCUAGGGCUGGAGAACGGCCAGUGUAAGCCAUCAGACAUCAGCGCUGCUAAAGCCAUCCUACCUCGCGUGCUGGAGAGCUACGUGGAUGACCUUGCCCAGGCGCCGCCCCCCGCCUGCGUGCUGUCGUCUGCCCAGCUGGUGCAGCAGCUGAGCGGCGUGACGACAGCCGCGGGCGCCCCUGGGACGCCAGAGCUGCUCGUCAUGGAAACGUCAGAUUCCAUCGGAGGCGCCCUUGGUGGCGUCCAGCUGCUGACGACGGAGGGCGGCGUUCUGCAGGGACGUGUUGCUCGAGCCGCCAUCAGCGAGUCGCCCACGUCCAGCAUUGCUGGGGACGACGAGGCUGGCGUCCAUACGCUGGACGACAGCGAGAGCGAGACGAGCUAGGAACCCUGUGUGACGAGGCUGGCGUCCACAAACUGGACGAACGCGAGACGAGCUAGGAACCCUGGGGACGACGAGGCUGGCGUCCACAAACUGGACGAUUUCUUACGAGCCGUGGGCGAGAUUCUUAAAAGUUAUCCCGUUGCCGUAACUAUUGCCGUAGGUAUUUGAUAUUUUAUAACUGAGUUUGCUCUGAUUUUAUGUUGCUUAAUGGAAAAUGGUUGUUAUUGCCACGGAUCUUGGUUUUAUACCAAUUUUUACUGAAUGACGGAUUUAUUUCAUUGUAUUUCUUUGUGUUUUAUUGCAUAAAAGUUGGUUUCCCCCUUCCGUUUUCUGUUGUAUAGUUUCCUUGCUAUUGGUUUCCUUGUUUGUACUUUAGUUUCAUUUUUUCUUGUCUUCUAGAGUUAGAUUUCAAACCGUAAGUUUAUUUUAUUGUCUUCAUACUCACGAGAUUUAGCUCGUUCCCUCUUAGUUCAUUUCAUUUGUGUAUAGUUAUUUGUCCUAUUCUCUGAGUUGUUUUUCUAAGCAUCUCUUCUUUUUCAAUUGCCUAUCUCUAUUUGUUUGGUUUUCUAUUCCAUUCUGCCGAAUAUUCCAUGAUUUGAAAUACUAUCAAAGAUGUAUUUAACAGUAACUUGGUCCAGGUUUUAUUACGUCGUUUAUAGAAUUUACCGAGAAAAACGUAGUUAAAAGGCAAAAUAUAAUAAUUGUUAAAUUUAAAUCCAUCAUCUAUUUAAAUUCAGAU